AUGGACGUGGUGAAAGCUGUCGAGACCUACAUCGCCAAGUUGGUGUCCACCCCCUCAGCUAUGAAAGUACUCCUGCUCGAUGCACACACUACCCCCAUCGUGUCGCUCGCUGCAACACAAUCUACUCUUCUCUCCCAUCAAGUUUAUUUGACGGAUCGUGUUGACAAUCCGCAACGGAACCGAAUGGCUCACAUGAAAUGUGUCUGCUUCUUGCAACCCAGCGAGGAAAGCAUCGCGGCGGUGUCCUCGGAGCUUCGAGAGCCCAAGUACGGAGACUAUUAUCUCUACUUCAGCAAUGUGCUCUCGAAGUCGACCAUCGAGCGCCUUGCGGAAGCGGACGAGUUCGAAGUAGUGAGAGAAGUUCAGGAAUACUUCGCGGAUUACGCUCCCCUGUUGCCAUCUCUGUUUUCCCUCAACCACAUCCCAAGUGAGGAUAGGCCUCUCUAUGGCUCUUCGCCGAACACAUGGGAUGAAGUUGCACUGGGAUGUUCGGUACAGGGAAUUAUCGCUGUUCUGUUGAGCUUGAGGAAGAAACCUGUCAUCCGGUACGAAAAAAUGAGCGGUAUGGCCAAAAAGUUGGCGAACGAAGUCCACCUCCGCAUCCAGUCGGAGUCGACCUUGUUUGAUUUUCGGCCUGCUGUCGUAUCGCCCCUGUUGAUUAUCCUAGACAGAAGAAAUGAUCCUGUCACUCCGUUACUGACUCAAUGGACUUACCAAGCGAUGGUACACGAACUCCUCGGUGUCCAUAAUGGCCGAGUAAACCUUAGUAUGGUUCCCGAUAUCGGUCCCGAGCUUUCCGAAAUUACACUGACUACGUCCACGGACCCGUUUUUUCAAGCACACCACUUGGCAACAUUCGGGGAUUUGGGCACAUCUCUCAAGAAUUAUGUCCAGUCCUAUCAAUCGCGUUCCCUCGCCCAGUCACCCUCGGCCAUCAAUUCAAUAUCCGACAUGAAGAGAUUUGUAGAGGAAUUCCCGGAAUUCAGGAAAUUGGGAGGAAAUGUCAGUAAGCACGUCGCCUUGGUGGGCGAGCUUAGCAGGCUGGUCGAGCGAGACCGUCUACUUGACGUCGGAGAAGUAGAACAAGGCCUCGCAACAAGUGCUGGAUGUGAUUUGAAGACGGUGCAAGCCCUAGUAACAGACAAUGCCGUUUCAGCAUGGAACAAGCUCCGCAUCGUUAUAUUGUACGCUCUCCGCUAUCAAAAAUCACAGACGGGUAACAUCGCCGCCCUCAUCAAUCUUCUGUUGGCGAACGGAGUGUCGAAAGAGGAAGCACGACUCGUCUACGGUGUGGAGAACGUAUAUACGCAACAUACUCCUCACUUAUCACAGACAUUGGAAAAUCUUCUCAAAGGACGUCUCAAAGAGUCAAGUUACCCGUUCCUUGAGGGCUCUGGGAACAAAUCUUGGGCCCAGGAUAUUAUCAUUUUCAUCGUUGGGGGGACAACGUACGAAGAGGCGAGAACGGUUGCGUUGUUAAACCAGGAGGCAAACAACGCAGGAACUCAAAUAUUGCUUGGAGGGACCUGUGUUCACAAUUCAUCAAGCUACGUGGAGAUGAUACGAGCUGCUGCAAAGAAUUUCCCACCGUCAGUUUACGAACCUCCUCCUGAAUCGGCAUCGAACGCACCGUCCCUCAAUCUCAAUCUUGGCGGGGUCAAUGUGAAAACGCGCACUGGCGCAUUACUGACGCUCAUUUCUGCAUGUAUUAUACUUGCUUUCACCACCAUGGAGUUUUUCGACUACCGACGGGUAGCAGUCGAUACUUCAAUAGUCGUCGACAGAAGCAGAGGCCAGAAACUGAGUGUGAAGCUCAAUGUUACGUUCCCGCAUGUUCCGUGUUACUUGCUGAGUCUGGAUGUCCUGGACAUAUCUGGGGAGCAGCAGAGAGAUAUCUCCCAUAACAUAAUGAAGAAGCGGCUUACGAAGGCUGGCGAUGAUGUUGUGGGGAUACGUACCGGAGAGUUGCGCAACGACAUUGAUAAACUAGCCGAACAACGAGGCCCAGAUUAUUGCGGUUCCUGCUAUGGCGGUACGGAACCUCCAAGUGGGUGCUGCAACAGUUGUGAGGACGUGAGACAAGCGUACUCCAAUAAAGGUUGGAGUUUUGGGAACCCAGAUGAUAUUGAACAGUGCGUUCAAGAAGGGUGGUCAGAGAAGCUCAAAGAGCAGGCAGAAGAAGGCUGCAAUAUCUCAGGUCGCAUUCGUGUCAAUAAGGUCGUUGGAAGUAUCCACCUAUCUCCCGGAAGGUCAUACCAGACCAAUUCUCGGCAGUUCCGCGACCUGGUCCCAUAUUUGAGGAAUGACGGUAACCCCCACGACUUCUCUCACACGGUUCAUGAAUUUUUAUUCAUGGCUGAUGAUGAGUACAACCCGAAAAAGGCCAUCACAUCGAAGGAGAUGAAGAAACGGAUGAAUAUCGUCGGAAACCCGCUCGACGGUUACGUGGCGAAGACCAGCAAGCCGCAGUACAUGUUCCAGUAUUUCCUCAAAGUUGUCUCGACGCAGUUCAGAAUGCUGGGUGACAAAACGAUAAACAGCCACCAGUACAGUGUUACCCACUUUGAGCGGGACUUGAGCGAAAACGGGAACGAGGACAACCAGGGUGUUUAUACUCAGCAUAGCACUGUUGGCAUCCCGGGUGCCUACUUCAACUUCGAGAUAUCGCCUAUUCUCAUUGUCCACUCUGAAACGAGGCAAUCAUUUGCCCACUUCCUUACAUCUACUUGUGCCAUCGUGGGUGGUGUUUUAACAGUUGCCGCCUUGCUGGAUAGCAUUUUAUUUGCCACUGGGCGAAAGCUCAAGAAGAGUGGUGGUGUAAAUGGAGGUGCUAAACUCAUGUAA